UAUCAAUUUUCACCUGCAGACUGUACCUUGUGAACUUCGUCCAAUGAUUAACCAGAUGUGUCCGCAUGAAGGGUCUUUCACUAUGCAUGGCAAUGGCAAAUUGAUGAACACCUACACGGUCUAUGAGGUGUAUGUCUACAAGACGCAGGCCAUCACAUAUUUGUAUGGACAUGAUUGGAGAAAGUUUGCUUUUGACUACGGUCUGAAGAAGGGCGACGAGCUGAGGAUCAGAAACUCAAACGGGCAGAUAUACGUAACUGCUUACAGAGUUGGAGACACUUCCAAAUAUAUAAUAUAUCCCCUGAUGGAACAGGAGCGGAUGUCACAAAGGGCACCCACACCAGCACCGGCACCGGCUUCCCACUCUCCUGCAUCAGCACCGGUUCCUGUACCAGCACCGUUUAUUGCAUCUACCCAGCAGGCCCCUACAUCAGCAUUGGUUCCUGUAGAGGCCCCAUAUACUACACCUGCCAGGAGGCUCCUGCAUCAGCACUGGUUCCUCUAGCUGCACCGUUUACUGCACCUGCCCAACAGUCUCCUGCAUCAGCACCGGUUCCUCUAGAGGCACCGUUUAUUGCACCUGCCCAGCAGUCUCCUGCAUCAGCACCAGCUCGUGUACCAGCCCAGGCUCCUGCACCUGCCCCAGCCAGAUCACCGAGGUCUCAGCUCAUUGUUGUGGCCACCCGUGUGGUGACCAGGACGCAUCUGAAGGCUAUGUUCGUGAGUAUA